GCUUGCUCUCACUCCCUUCAGGCGGCUUUUUUACCGGUCAUUCUUUAAGUCUGUUCUCAUGCGUAGUCACCAGAAAAAGAACAACGUCAUGAAAAUUGUCAGCAUGUUGACUCUCAAAAAUAAAACCACACUUUGUUUGUUUUCAUUCUGGCUCUCGGUGAAUCACUGCAGCUGUCAAACGCAAGGCGUGGUGCUGAACUUCUCCGGCUGGACCAGAUGAGCUGAAAAGACGUGUUGUGGGAUGAAGGUCAGAAACGGCGGGACACAGGGGACCUAGUGGCAGAGAGUGAAUCCUGUUUAUGCAUGAAGACGCUGUAACGCACCAUGGACACCAGAGGGCGCCACGAUCACCACAAGGCCCAAGGCGACGCUAGCAGGUCUCCCUACCCGGACAGGAGCCCUAAGUACCCGCCACCCGAUCCGAGGGAGAGGGAGAGGUCCAUGGGCUACCCAGAGGCUCAUCACAGAGAUUAUUUCACCAGCUCCCCUCACAGACCAGAGUAUAAUGACCCCAGAGGACAGUAUGGGGGACAGUAUGGAUAUGAUCAACAAGAUCAAGCAAGGCCCGGGUACGAAUACCCUCCUCAACAAUGGGAAUACAGAGAUUAUUAUAAUCAGUACGACCACGACCCGUACUGGGGACAGCGGAGAGGCCCAGAUGGUGGGCAACAUGUUUCCAAUGACUCACGGCGGUACCAGGACAGGACGUAUGAACAGAUGCAUUCUGGGUAUUCCAAUUCAGAAUACUACAGGUCUGACCAGCUGACAGACCAGGGUCACUACUAUGAUCCCAGAGAGGUCGCAGAGCCCCCGGCCUCGACCCGGCUCUCAGAACAUUCCAGAACCCCAGGCCUGCCCCUGACCAGUACCAACUCUCUGGAAUAUUCCAAGGCCUCAGGCUUGUCAUCCAGCGGCUACGAGCUGAGCCAGUACAUGAACGGAGCUGACCAGAUCGAUGUUGACUCUCAGUCUCUCCUUCCUCCUCCUCCUUCUUGUUUUGAUCCAGAACCCGUUCCUGUCGCUCCUCUGAAGUACGCAAUCCCUCACGCGGUGGUCAGUUUCGGUACUGCAGGCCAACUGCUCCGGGUCAGCCCGGGUUUGUCCACCAAAGAGAACCAGCUAGAGAUCCACAGUCUGGAGGUUAUUCUCGGGGAGACCCAAGAACAACAGGACUUGAGGAACUUCCCUGGGCCUUUAACCAGGGAAGACUUGCACAAAGUCGACGCUAUGGAGUUCGCCCACAAGAGGGCAGCCGCGAGCUUGCGAGACGUCCCCCAGGACAGCGCCUCGGCCGCCCUCUUGUGGAAGCUGCUGAUUCUGCUUUGCAGGCAGAACGGACAAAUAGUUGGAUCUGAUAUUGCCGAGUUGCUGCUCCAGAACCCGUCCAGCGAGGAAAGGCCUGACAGCCGGGCUCCGAUGCUGAUUGACUUCAGCGAGGGCCCGGCCCCUGUCACGGUGCCCUGUGUUGUUGGAGACGACCUUCUCACCGGCACUGCGACCCACUCCAGUGCAGAGAGCUCGAAGGUGGCCCUGGACAAAUACACAUCGCUGCUAUUGGCCGGGAGGAAGAAGGAGGCUUUAGAGUCGGCCAUGAACAGUGAGUUAUGGGGACACGCGCUGUUUCUGGCCAGCAAGAUGGACAACCGCUCCUACACCACCGUACUGAACAGGUUCACCGGUCAGUUGACCUUAAGCGACCCCCUCCAAACGCUCUUCCAGCUGCUCUCUGGGAAAACUCCUGCAGUAUCCACGUGUUGUGGGCAGGAGAAGUGGGGGGACUGGAAGCCCCACCUGGCCGUCAUGCUGGCCAAUGAGACGGCGGAUCCCAACGUACAGAAGAAGGCGGUUGUUGCCAUGGGAGACACCCUAGCCUCAAGAGGUCUGCUCCACGCAGCUCACGUCUGCUACCUGACGGCCUAUGUCCACUUUGGGUUCUUCACUCAAAAGACUGACCGGCUAGUUCUCCUGGGCUCCAGCCACAGAUUGUCCUUUUCAAAGUUUGCCCAGAAUGCGGCCAUUCAGUGCACAGAGGUAUUUGAAUACAGCCAAAAUCUAGGAGGAAAACAUUUUUCUAUUCCAACAUUUCAGGUGUAUAAGUUGCUGUACGCCACCAGGCUGCUGGACUGGGGCCUUGCAUCGCAGGCAUACCAUUACUGCGAGCUGAUUGGUCAGAGCAUCCUAAGACAUAAUGAGCCCCAGCUCGUCCUGACCGGGGAGGUUAUCAAGUUGGCUGACAGGCUGAAGCACUGCGAGGGCCAGUUGAGCGGCGAGUCCUGUGGGGGAGCUACAUGUGACCCCAGCUGGCUGCAACAGCUGCGUCUCAGGCUCCAAGGCUUGCAGACGGGAAAUGAUGACAGCAUGGGAGCCUAUCUGCCCCCAGUUGAUGGGAGCACCCGGGCCAAUCAGGACACAGGUACACCACCAGAGGAUUACCCCCGCUAUGAGCGAGGGACAGAAGGAGGGGAAGGAGGAGCAGAGACCACAGGCCGGGCUGGUGGAGCCAUGCAACCACCCACAGACGAGUGGGAGCCUCAGGACCCGGGGUUCCAGGCUAAUGCUCCACCUUCUCCAUCGCAGCCCUACACUCCUCCACCUCCAGCACAGCCCUAUGCUCCUCCACCACCAGCUUAUCCUCACGCUCCCCCACCUCAACCAGAGCUCUAUGCUCCCCCACCUCAACCAGAGCUCUAUGCUCCUCCACCUCAACCAGAGCUCUAUGCUCCCCCACCUCAACCAGAGCUCUAUGCUCCUCCACCUCAACCAGAGCUCUAUGCUCCCCCACCUCAACCAGAGCUCUAUGCUCCCCCACCUCAACCAGAGCUCUAUGCUCCUCCACCUCAACCAGAGCUCUAUGCUCCUCCACCUCAACCAGAGCUCUUUGCUCCUCCACCUCCAGCUGCUAGCGGAGCCGUUGACCAACAGCUCGGUUAUUAUCACUCAAAUGCCGCCCAGGUCAUCACACCGUCCACAGGGUUCCUGCCGAUGGUUCCUCUGGAGAAUGUGUCCGGAGAAAACUUGGUGGGGUAUCAGGUGAACGGCAACAGGGACGAGACGUGGCCUGGGGUUCCACAGGCAACGACUGCAGAGGAGACGGCUACAGAACCAGCCGACACCAAACAACCAGAUGGCAGCAAGGCAGGCUGGUUCAGUAGAUGGUUCAAAUCCAAGCCCAACAAUGAACAGAAGGAGAUGUCAGAUCAAGCCAAACCCUCUCAAACAGCGUCAGAAACCCCUGCCCCACCCGGGGGCUCCUACGACUGGGCUCAACACCAACGCGGCUUCAAUCCCGGCCCACCGUCCACCGGCAUGACUCCUCCAUAAAGCACAGGGCCCCUUUGACCUUCACCAGUAAGGAACAUGGGAACGCUGCAUCUUGGAUGGGAAGGGCCCAGCACCAACGACCGGCCCCACAACCCUCCCCUCCCCUCCACCAAGUAGGGCUUUUUUUGGAUGACCUUUGAAACUCCCUGUUCUUGCGCACCUUGGCAGCACAAACCGUUACAGAAAUACACGCGCAAGCCAGUCAUGGAAGAAACUUUUCAUGUCAAUGUCGCCACUCACAACUCACAAGUCACAAGUCGUGACAUUGCCCCAAAACAGCUGAAAGUAUUAUACUUCCGGAAAAGCUUAUGUCUGCCUAUGAGCAUCAUGCAUGUAUUUUGGGUCUCGUUCAUAUAGACCAAGAAGGAGGAGCAGUAUUUGUGAAUGAAGACAUAAUUCCUGACAAGGUAUUUUUAUAUAGACAACAGAUGUUGACAACAUGAGACCGUAAUCCUACAUUGAGUAGUUUUCCAGGAUGAUUUGGCUUGAAAAUAGUGUUGUUGGAUGUAAAUCUUCUUCCAAUUACCAUGUCUGACUUGGAACUCAUCUGAGGUUGAGAGCUAGAGAUGUAUUGAGGAAUUUGCUGGACUUGCUACACUUAAUUUUGUUAACGUUUUUUAUCAACUUAAAGAUGCCCACCUCUUAUUUAAUAAGAGUUGAGGGUUAUACCACAAUCAUAAAUAGUUCAAUGCUUUGUUUUCUUGUCAUCAUCAGAUCACGUUCAAAUCAUUAGAAAACAAAAGUGUAACAAAUAAACCUGUAAUGUUCUUGAUUAUUUAUUUUGAGAAGAAGAGGGUAGACUGCAUAUAAUUGUGUCGUAAUAAAGUUUUUCUUUGUACGGGAUGUUGUCGUCAUUCUCUGUCAAGUGGAAUACAUUUGAAGCAAUUUGGAGAAAACAGCAAUCCAGUUAAGGUAAGUAAUCCAAUCAAUUUAUUGAGGGUCGCUUUGUCGGAACAUUUGAUCUUUUGAUUGCCUAAAAAAUAGCAGCCCGUAGCUUUAAGAGGGAAAUACUGUGUGCUGUCUCAGUCAACGGUGCAACACAUGGGGACAGUCCGGGGGGCCGGGGGGCCGGGGCUUGGAUGGCCCUCUGUCUGGCCCCCAACCAGUACCCUUGAUUUAUCCGUUAAUCCCGUCUUUGCAUUGUUAGGCUUGCAUCUGAUAUGUUCAAGAUACAAACAUUUUAGACCAUCAACCCACAGAGACAACAUCUCCAAUGUGGCCUACCAAAGUUUACCAAUUUGUAACAGUGUUUAAAUGUUAAUGUCUGAGAUUGAAAUAGGAUAUAUUGUUAAACUACUACAAUGUUUUAUUGUUGAGUGUUCACAGGGGUGUGACGUCAAUGAGAGCAGCACUAAUUCAAUUCAGCGAAUAAAAAUACGGUUUUAAAAAGACUUGGGCCAUAACUGAAAUUCCAUGUAAGGCUUUACACUUUGAGUUCUGUGACUGGCAACAUGGCAGGUGCCAUCUCCAUUUACCACGAGUCGGCAGGACGGAAUGGCAGCCGGACACACUGGCUCUGAGAUGAAGCAUAGUCGGGCAAACAUCUUCGCGAGGAAUAUGGGCCGGCCCUUCUUUUGGAUGUGUCCUAAAGCAGGGGGUCCUGAAGGGGGGAUCCAUCAGAUAGGUUGACAUUAUCAUGUUGAGAAAAGUUAGAAAAUGAAAGCUGCAAUCAGCAAUUGUUGCGCACCCUACUUUGUUUUAAUUAAAUUGGGAUUUGAUUGUAUCGCACGGCUCUCAUGCAUUCGGUGGGCAAUGACACUCAAUCAAAACAUAAUUGAAUCAAAACAAAGGCGGCGAGCCAAAAUGUCUGAUUGCAGCUUUAACAUAAUCUAUAUUGUUGAACAUUAUAGUAGUGCCUCCUUCAGUUUUCAAAAAUACCAAUAAUUAUUCUUUGAGAGGAAAACCUUAACAUUAUUGCAAUUGUAAUUAUAAUGAUCAAAGAAACAGGCAGGACAUGUAGGAAU